AUGUAUAGGCUCCCAGGCGUAGGACGCACGGUGACAUGUUUGGACGUCCAAGGAACCUCAAGCCGUGUUUCCUUUGGCAUCAUUAGGCGCCACUUCUCUCAACUCACCCAAUCAGGUGCAGCUCAAGUCGUAGCGACUCCCAAGUCGCUCUACGAGGCCACAGCGCUGCCUAAUCCGUCAGUGCGCGGUGACCGUCUGCCAUCGGAAAACAAACCUGGAUACGAGUCAUGUCGUAUAUUCGACAACCCCAACAUCAUUGAGUCGAUCCGUGAGGAUGGUAAAGAAACUCUAGGAGAUCGCCUUUACCGAUACCUGGACAUCGGCGGUACCCUUUCAAUGCUCAAUAGCCGCAAGUGCCACAUCCUACGCGCACCCGCGGAGAGCCGCAAGGGUAUCAUGUUGUCAACAGAGCUUGAGCGUAAACAAAGCAUUGUGAUGAACACUUUAAUCAGCGGACUGGUUGUCUACGUGCUCUAUCUUUUCGUCCAACACAAGCGCCAUGUCCAUGACAAGCCUCCAAAUGUAGAGGUUGUACCCAGGGAGUUCACAAACAACCGUUUGAAGGAUUUCACAUGGCACGGCAGUUUCUUCUUUCAAUACCCUAAGGGACGGUGCAAAGAGUGCCGGUGGUUGGAAUUAGAAUGUAAGAAGCGUUGCUACGACAAGCUUCUCAGCGAGGGCCACAAGUUUAUCAUACACGAGCCUAUGCAGAAGCCGCGCAACCGUUUAUAUCCUUCACCGUACCCACCGAGCUCGAAUUGA